AUGUCUUCUGGGCAAAAAGCCGACCCAGCAACCGUCGAACAAGCCGAACACAUAGGGGCUUCUUCGUUGUUGUUCGACACUCCAGAGGAAGUGGCUGCGCAAAAGUCCAUGUUGAGGAAGCUAGACCUCAUCCUUCUGCCACUCGUGUCUCUCUCCUACCUGAUGGCAUAUAUUGAUCGGAACAACAUUGGAUAUGCAAGACUUAUGGGCUUGCAGAAAGACCUCAAACUCUCGGGUUCUCAGUUUUACAACUCGGUGAUGGUUUUUUAUGCUGGCUACAUUGCUCUGAUCUUCCCGGCGAACUUCCUGCUGAGGAAGCUAGGGCCGAAGAUCCAGCUUGGGUUAGCCGUAAUCACUUUCGGGGUCUUUGUCACUUGCUACUGCACAUCUCGCGGCUAUGCGGACCUAAUUGGGCUUCGAUUCGCCGUGGGUGGUGCAGAGGCCUUGCUGCAGUCGGCGCCCUUGUACCUGGUCAUCUGGUACGGUCGGCACGAACUUGGCAGAAGAAUUGCAUUCUUCUACUCGGCGACAACAAUCUCCGGUGUCUUCAGUGGCCUCAUCGCAUAUGGUAUACAAACGACCAUGGAAGGCGUUGGGGGGAGAACCUCCUGGCAAUGGCUGUUCCUGAUUGAGGGCGUCAUAGCCAUCGCGCUUGGCUGUGUCAACGCCGUCGCCCUUCCCAAUCUGCCCGAAAAGAUCAAGACGUCCAAGAUCUUCACCCCGACGGAGCUCCUCGUCGCACGCAAGAGAAGCAGCGAACACAACGUGGAGAACCCCAAGUUCCGCACCGACCAGGUCCUGGCCAGUCUAAAGGAUCCCAAAACGUGGCUGUUGGCUUUACUUGCUGCCUGCAACUCGACCAUACUGGCCUCCACGGGCGCCUUCCUGCCGACGAUCGUCAAGGAAUUCGGAUUCACCGCGGUGCGGGCCCAGCUCUUCACGGUGAUCCCGUACGCGGUGGCAUUCGUCUCGAUGAUCGCCAUUGGAUACUUUUCUGAUCGCAUGCGCGUCAAGGCCUACUUCAUCAUCGGGUCGCUCACGUCGUGCCUGAUCGGGCUAGUCAUCUUGAUCAGCACCACCGGUAAGACGGCAGGGAUUUUCGCCGCCUGUCUGCUGGUGGGGGGCGCGUACCCUGCCUCUGUGCUGCAGAUCGCCUGGAUACAAAUCACCUUUUGCGGCAACACCAAGCGCGCCACGUCUUGGGGCGUCGCCAUGAUCUUUGGCCAGGGCCUGAGCAUGUCCGGCGCGCAAAUCUAUAAGGACCCGCCUCGCUUCUUCAUGGGACACGGCGUGCUGAUCGGCUACGUGACCAUGGGUCUGGUCUGUACGGUCCUGGCCAGGGCUCUGAUGGUCCGCGACAAUCGCAACAGGGACGCAAUUGUCCAGGACUAUCAAACGAGAGGAGAACGUCAUCCGGACUUGGACAAGGAUUUCGAGGAAACUUGCGACAAGCACAUCAGCUUCAGGUACAUUGUCUAA